CGCAGCAACUCUAGAUUUCAUCUGACAAAUCAGAAGCGAUUUUGUAGCCGAGCACUGGUCCAGCAACCAAUGGAAAACAGCGAAACAGGCGCGGAUUAACGGAUUUGUUUACAAGGUGCUUUGUUGUUAUUUUGGUAGCUGCCUACGUUUAGGGCUACAACUUGAAGGAUGAGUCUGUCUUUAAGGACUGAGCUGGCAGUGGAUAAAACCAAGCGGAAGAAGCGCAGAGAGCUGACUGAGGAACAGAAGCAUGAAAUCAAAGAGGCUUUUGAGCUGUUUGACACAGACAAAGACAAAGAGAUAGACUACCACGAACUCAAGGUGGCGAUGAGAGCUAUGGGUUUUGAGGUGAAGAAAGUGGAUAUACUGAAGAUACUAAAAGAUUAUGACAGAGAGGGGAACGGCAAAAUAACAUUUGAGGACUUUAAUGAAGUUGUGACAGACCGUAUGCUGGAGAGGGACCCAAAGGAGGAGAUCCUGAAGGCCUUUAAGCUGUUUGAUGAUGACGACUCCGGGAGGAUCAGCCUGAGGAACCUGAGACGUGUGGCCAGAGAGCUAGGAGAGAACAUCACGGAUGAGGAACUACGCAGCAUGAUCGACGAGUUCGAUACAGACGGAGACGGAGAGAUCAACCAGGAGGAUUUUGUAUCCAUAAUGACGGGAGACUCCUGAUUGAAGGGCUGCUGCUCUGGAGGCUUGGCUAGGAGGCUGAGGCUAUAGAUUCACUGUGGGAUGCAUAGGUCCCCCAGGUCACUGAGGGACUGCUAAAUAGGUUACCUUGUCUCCUUUCCUUUAUCUAUACUGACCGACCAGAACUGACCAGGGGAAGGAGAGGAGUUAAGGAAGCCACUGUAGAGUCCCGCGAUUCAAAAUCUCUCCCAAAUAGCGCUGCUCUUGUUCUUGUCUUUGUUGAAACAUCUUGUGUGUUUUUACAAUAUGUCUGGUGCAAAUACAACCAAAUAUUGUGUAUGUUCUUUUCUUUUAGUAGAGUUUCUUUUUCAAAAUUUGAAUAGAUGCACUUGCUGCGCUGUGUACCCAUACCGUACAGAAAACUGUACAGAUUACAUAACAGGUCAUAUCUUUGAAACAUUCCUUGUAAACUGCAACGUUUUCAAUAGUAUUUCUGGAUGGGGGUUUUAAAUACAAACUGGCUUCACCGACCAUAUUUUGUAGUUUAGUAGACCAUUUUUAUUUAAUUAUAACUUUUCUUUUCUUUUUACUGUUAUUUAUUUGACAUAAUAAACACAAUUGACUGAC